GCACUUCAUUAAUUCAUGGUCUAUUAUCUGUCCACAACGCAGUAACCCGAACAAUCGUAACCUCUCAAAUUACUCGCGUCAACAUAAACUCAAAUCUCGCCCAAAGUAUAGAAUUACGAUGUUGUAAAACAGACUUGCUUGACGGCCUCAGUCAAAGAUGAGCGGUGUAUCUAAAGAAGCUAGAUUUAGCACACGCAGUCAGGCAUCGGCAUGAGCUUGUAGUGUUGGGGAGAACCUACAGAGGAUCUCUACAGAAACAGUGACCUCACGGCUUGAAAUCUCGAGCAAAUCCGAUCUUCAACACCAGUGGAGAGCACCGUAGCUAACACAAUUUCAAGGCCAUGAGAAUUUGGAUCCGUCUUCGUAGGCUAAGACUACCAUUUCGUGUUGUAUUUGCGUUGAUGCUAGUCGCUUGGUUAGCGUUGUUCGUGCUAUUCACGUAUUUCUCUCAAAACAACACGAUAGUCGACGACGUCGUUGGAACAGCUUUAACAAAAAASGCGGCAGAUCCAAGCCUGUACUACACAAGGGAUAUACGAUGGCUCGCCACAUCUAGAAAACAACCAAACAAGACCUACAAAGUGCGCAAAAAAAUUCUCGUYGUCCUGCGCAACCCUCCUAACGAACGAUUCAAAGUAUCGCACGUUUUGUGCAAAUUUCUGGACGGUUACCGGCUUCCUUAUGAAGUAUCUCGUGUGGAUGAGAAAUCAUUCCUCGAUUUAAAAAACGCACUUCGUAGUAACGUCUAUAGUGCUAAAUACGCUCUCGUUAUAUUCGUGGAUAUUAGAACUUACGUUGACCUUAAAGAAAAUGCGAAAGAUAUAUUGAAUUCGUACUCAAGAAAAUUUAACACAGGCAUUUUAUUUUUUACUACGAACUAUGUUGGAUAUGUUAGAGAGUUUCAGCUUCAUGUUCGAAAACCAGCCAAGGAAAAAGGACCACUUUUCAUUCAAGUUAAUGGUAGUUCGGAUUUGUUGAGGWUUACAAAAGAUGGUGGACGCGCUGAGAAGCCUCGAGUGCCCAAGGGACUUGGUACACGUUGGAUGCUUYUGAGUUUUGAUCCUAUUCGGACCCCUCUUGAGGUCGUAUCGUACGUACUGCCAGGUGAAUCCAAUACGAAGAACAGUCGAAGGAGUAUAGGUAGACCGGAGUUCAACCGAGCAACUGUAGUUCUAGAUAAUGGAAAUCUUGAUGGAGUAAAGAGAGUGUUUUUUUCAGGAGGUUUCCCUUUUUUUCUUCAUACUUUGUUGUUGCUGGAUGCAAUGGAUUAUUUAUCGCCGACGCCUCUGACGUUCUCAUUGGACCGAUAUUUACAAAUAGACGUUGAUGAUGUUUUCAUUGGAAGCACUGGGUUGAGGCUGCACCGUGAAGAUGUGAUGGAUAUGUUGUCUGUCCAAGGAGAACUAUCACAGAAGAUUCCAGGAUUUAAAYUUAACUUGGGGUAUUCUGGCAAAGGCUACAAGAGAGGCAAUGCSGAAGAGGAUGAUGGCGAUGAAGCAGUUCUGGAAUAUGCGCACAGGUUUACUUGGUUUGGUCAUUUGUACGACCACGAACAGGCUCACAGGCUCUCUCUACAGGAUCUCAUUGGAUCCAUGAAAAGGAAUAAGAAAUUUGCCGAGGAAUAUGGAAUAWCGCUGAACACUUCAUACGCUGUAGCACCCCACCAUUCGGGUGUCUACCCGGUACAUGAACCCCUGUAUACGGCGUGGAAAGAGAUCGAUAGCAUAACCGUGACAUCAACUGAGGAAUACCCGCAUCUCAAACCAGCCUGGCUUAGAAGAGGAUUCAUAUACAGAGGCAUAAAGGUUCUACCCAGACAGACAUGUGGUUUGUUCACAUCGACGAAUUAUUUCAAGCAAAUCAAAGGAGGACACAGAGCGUUAGACAGAAACAUCUAUGGAGGAGAGCUGUUUGAGACGCUCGUCCGAAAUCCCGUGAUGAUUAUAAUGACGCAUAUGACAAACUAUGCCAACGAUCGCCUUGCCCAGUACGCUAUUACGAACCUUGUCAAAUUCACAAACCGMUGGACGAAUAUUAAACUGAGACACGCGCCGCCCACUCGAUUGGCUGAUAUAUAUUUUAAUCUGUUUCCUCAAGACAAGACACCAUUAUGGCAGAGUCCAUGCGAUCAUCAACGUCACCUUGAAAUUUGGGACAAAGCCAAGACUUGUAACCAGCUCCCCUCGUUCCUCUUGAUCGGGCCACCCCACGGKGGCCUGGAACUACUGGAGUCUCUUCUUCACCUGAACCCAGACAUACUCAGAAUGAACAGCAUGAACAAUACGUCGGGAGAGGCCGAGUUUUUCAGUAGCAAUAAUUAUUUAAAAGGCUUAGACUGGUACAUGUCGGUSUUUCGUAAACCAACCAGUCCCAACCAAGUGUCUUAUGAAUCAAGUCACAGUUACUUCACUAGUCAGACGGCUCCUUCAAGAGUCAAUGCUUUGCUGAAAUCAGCCAAGAUUGUUUUUGUCUUGGAAGACCCUGUCAUGAUAGCAUAUGCCCACUACAAGCAUCUUUUUAAACGCCACAAGUUAUCGCAUACCAAGUUYACCGAGAUAGUCACCAGCCAAACCAACCCAGACCUACUACGCAUGCGCGCRGCUAUAUUACGCCCAGGCCACUACGCGGAACACAUCGGACGAUGGAUGAAACUCUACGAUCCCAAACAAAUGCUUAUUAUUGAUCUAAACGAUUUGGCCAACCAGCCAAUCAACGUCAUGAAUCAAUUGGAGGAUUUUCUUGCUUUGGAUCAUCCAAUGAAAUACGAGAAGCGAUUGAGCUAUAACGAGGAAGAAAAAGCCUUCUGCUCCUCUACAUCCUCAAACAGCACUAAAGCCUGUUACAGAUACGAGAAAACUGUCCCUGACACAUUAGACGAGUCCACGAUUAAAUACKUACAGCGGUAUUACGCAAUACACAAUAAGAACCUUAUGAGAAUCAAUCAAAAGAUUGAAUUUAAAUUACCCAAAUGGCUCAAAGACUUUGGGUGAGGUUCAAUCUGCUCUAAUAAUUAAUUUAUUAUAAAAUUUUAUAUAAAAAAAUUUGCAAAAAAAUGAUCGAGGUUUGUGAUGGUCAAAGAAGUACCAAGUAAGUGGUCAGCGGUUUUUGAGCAAAAUUACCAAGCACUAGAUCACGUGGUCAUUUGCCGCCAUUUUGGAUUUGCACAAGAAAAAAAUUCCAGGGCUUGACUUAACGCGAGAAAAUUUACUAUUAUAGURGGAUUUUUCGGAACAAAUCUUUCUUAUACUUUAACUCUAGCUGUCUGUUAAUUAAAUGUGCAGUUAGAUCUGAAUUCAAUAUGGACGCUAGACCACGUGACCUAUGGCAGAGAUGACGGUUUCAAAAAAUAUUUCUUUAAAAACGGGCUAUUUUUUAUGCUUAUUCCCCACUUCUAUCACAUCAAUGCUGUAAUGAGUCUGUGUACGUGUUGCUUUUGGUAAGGUCUGUCUCUAGUGCGCAGACCUGUCUUUAUACUUCUUAUUAACAGUGUUUGUCUUUUCUCUCUCCUAUCACAUCAAUACUGUACUGAGUCUGUAUAUUGUUUGUGAUCAU